AUUACUGCUUCAUGGUGGAGAUGCUUCUGGUUUAUUUUGUGGCUACCGCUGUCACUGCUUGGAGUGCCUCACCGAGCCAGCUAACAACUGCGUGCGAUGAAGCUCCACCCGCCCUUCAGGAUGCAAAGCCCUCCUCUAUAAAGUGCGUGCGGGGCCAGAUGCAGUGGCUCACAUCUGACCUCCCAACACUUUGGGAGGCUGAGGCAGGGGGAUCGCUUGAGCCCAGGAGUUUGAGACCAGCCUGGGCAACAUUGUGAGACCCUGUUCCUUGAAUUACCCUGGGAGAUUUCCUCAGCUUGUACUGGAGGCGUGUGGCCCCAUGAAGCCCAUAGUCACCGUUCACCCUCAGAGACGCUGGCUUUGGGGCUCACACGCCUGCUGCAGGGCA